AUGGCACCCCCAAUUGUUGACCAGAUAUUCCAUCAGUUACCAUCCCAUUUACGGAACACGAGGCAUAUACGAGAACGGCAUUCACAGCACAUUAUAUUAUUCCAGCAAUAUCACCAGCAGUUUCCCGAACGGAUCCGCCAUCACCGUGAAUUGGUGAUCCCCCAUAAGCCCAUUGCGCCCAUUCCCGGAUUGAUCCCACCGCGGGAUCCCACAUAUCAGUGUAGUUAUCCCGGUUGCCAUUGGAUUGGAGAGACCAUUCGACGGAUCCACGACCAUUGCCGCCAGGAACAUGGAUGGAAAAACCCCCAGAACCGAGGACGACCCCGUUCCAAGGCACCGUCCAAACCCCAGCCCAACAUGCCAUGGAACAUUGUAGCCAGCCAACGGUUUAUCCCCAAAGGACGUGGAUCCCAACGGUUUGCCGUCCAACAUGACCAUACCACCAUCACCACCGCCAUAUCCGAUCCAGAAAACCCAUCAUGGGAUGCGGCGCAGCAGGCGAUGAAGCAGGAGAUCAUCCAUCGAGAGCAGCAGAUCGACGCCGCGGAACGAGAACGGAUCCGUCCCCACGAGUCCCGCGAGGUCAACCCAUGGGUCGAACGGAUGGGAUGGGCCGAUCAUUUGUUAGAGGAGGAUCGAGGCACAUUACGGGCAUUGUUACAACGACCCGAUCCCGAACAAGAGCCCAUAUUGGCCGAGAUUGACGAGCGAUUUCACCGGAUCGUCAUGGUCGCGCAGCGCACCACAUUGACGCGGUUGAACAUAUUCAGUCGAUUUGAGAUGCACCGGAAACAGGUGGAUCAGAUGCCCCAACACCCGUUCCAAGCGCGGAUGGUGGCCGGCACCAUUGAACAGUACAUCGAGGUGUGGCAACGGAUCAUCCGGUAUAUCAUGCGCAGUGUGAGUACCGGCGACGUCCGAUUUCAGUUCCAUGCCACCCAAUGCGAGACCAUCCACCAGAUCCGGCAGGCCAUGUCCGAGGACGAGAGCACCCAUUCCCCCGUCCAUGCCACCGAGGAGAUGGAUCCCACCGACCAGCCAUUGGAUGCCGUCGAUCGUGCCAUAUUGACAUGGUGCAUCGCCAUGUUGGACCAUCGAUUACAGGGUCAGCACGGGCAGGAGUUCGUGAACGGCAUCAUCAGCGGGUUGGCCGCCAUGGGGAUCCGGGAGUCGGGUGGAUGGGAGACGGCGUUGGCAUUUACCCCCAAGUUGUCCGCCAUGAUCAAGAUUGCCCGCAUGUUAGUCGCGCAACAGGCAUGGGAGGAAAGCGAGGCCCAUGCCGGAUUGUCCGAUUGUUUCGUGGCAUUACGCGGGAUGAUGUUGCGAUUUAUGACCACCAUGGAACCCACCCCGAUGAAGUGGAUGUUGGAUUCCCGCACAUACGGCAUGAAAAUCCGGUACGGCACCACGGCGGAUGGGUUGAUUGAAUGGCACGGAGACCGCAUCACAUACCAGCAUCAUCGGUUUACCAUGGAUCAAUUGCGGGAGACGGUGCAUGGCAUUAUCAACCGGGCAUGGGACCAUUUGACGCAGGACGUAUUGUUGUUUCCCACCGACCAUCGAUUGCCAACCAUCGCAUGGGAGACCAUGGAGGACCAUGCCGUCGAGGAUCAACCCGGGUGGUAUUUUGCCCAGGAUCCCCGCAAUGCAUGGGACGUGGAUGACACAUGGUGGUUACACGACCGCAUAUGGCAGGAACCCGGAUUCCGACGCGCAUUCAUCCACGCCGAGCGUCCAUCCGGCACAUCCGCCACCCACGCAUGGCGCCCCCGUCGAGUGCAGCAGUGGAUGCGAGCCGUGGGACGGAUGAAGGAGUAUUUAUUGGUGUUGAUGCAUUUGACCAGCGGUGCCCCCGCACGAGGGCCCGAAGCCAUGUCCAUCCGGUACCAGAACACCCCGUUUGGCGGAUUACGCAACCAGUUGAUCGAGCACGGGUUGGUGUCAUUCAUGACCACGUAUCACAAAGGAUACCACAUCCAGGGUCGACCCAAGAUCAUCCAUCGAUACGUGCCCCGGGCCGUGGGCGAGUUGUUUAUAUAUUUCCAACGGUUGGCCAUGCCAUUCCAACGCCACGUCGAAACCAUGGUGUACGGACAACCCGAACGGAGUGGGUUUAUAUGGCCGCCCCAGGAGGUGGAUGGCACCACAUGGACGUCCGAACGGAUGAAACGGGCCAUGCAACGAGAAACCGAGAUUGGCAUGGGGGUCCCAUUGACCAUCAGCGCAUGCCGGCAGAUCAUGAUCGCCAUUGCCCGGCGAUAUUUGGGUCCCACGACCGGGUUUGAGAGCGAUUCGAUGGAGGAAGAACAGGAGAUGGAUGAGGACGAGGAUGGGUGUUGGUGGACGGCCGACGAUGCGGUGAUUGAUAUCCAAGCCGGACAUGGAAGCCACGUGGCCGGGAUGAUAUACGCACGCGGCGUGGAGGAAGCCCCCGGGACCAUGGCGGCCAUGAAGGCCCAGUUUCGACAGGCCAGUGAGCGAUGGCAUCGGUUUUUGGGAUUUCCCCCCGUCCAUCGUGCCGGCAUGAAACGAACACGAGGGAUUCCCACGGUGGAUCCCCGUGCCGUGGCCCAUUGGCACGCCAUGCGACAGGCGCCCAUUCAGCCGUUGUUGGAAGGGAUUGUCGGACCCGGCGCCCAGUUCCAGGGGAUCCAGAAAGCGGCCAUUGACGCCGUCAUGGGCAGUGCCCCGUGGGUAUUGGGGUGA